UGAGCAGCUGUGUCUUGUGGUGGUCUUACCUAGAUUACCCUCUUAAUUGGCAGUUCUGGAAACCACGCGCUAUGAGAGGCGCGUGGCGGAAUAUGGGUCCAACUCGCAAGCAUUAUAUAAUGGUUAGAGUGUUGCAAGUGAAGGCAAAGGAUCAGAGGUGGAAGCAGUGGAGAAUUGGGGACGGGGAUGGAGAGGUUGUUGUUGGCCAUAACUGUCUCCAUACUAUUGGGAGAGGCCGUUAACGGUUUCGACGGCGGUAACCGCCCAAAACAGAAACACAGUUUGUGUGAGGAGCUGAUUCUCCCCGCCGGUUACCCAUGCUCCGAAUACACCACUCAGACGAAGGAUGGUUUCUUGCUGGGCCUUCAGCGCGUGUCUUCUUCUUCCUCCCUCAGUCUUGGGAAUGACGGAGAACGAGGUCCUCCGGUUCUGCUUCUGCAUGGCUUAUUCAUGGCAGGUGAUGCAUGGUUUCUAAAUACUCCAAAUCAAUCACUUGGCUUCAUACUUGCAGAUCAUGGUUUUGAUGUUUGGGUAGGAAAUGUGCGUGGAACACGCUGGAGCCAUGGGCAUAUAUCUUUAUUAGAGAAGAAUAAGCAUUUUUGGGAUUGGAGUUGGCAGGAUUUGGCCCUGUAUGAUCUUGCAGAAAUGAUCAAUUACAUUAAUAAAGUGACAAACUCAAAGCUUUUUGUAGUUGGGCAUUCACAGGGGACAAUUAUAUCUUUUGCUGCCUUCACUCAACCCAAGAUUGUAGAGAAGGUUAAAGCUGCAGCUCUUCUAUCUCCAAUUUCAUACUUGGAUCAUGUCAGUGCACCUCUUGUACUUAGAAUGGUUAAGAUGCACAUUGAUCAGAUGAUUCUUGGCAUGGGUAUUCAUCAACUGAACUUCAAAAGCGAAUGGGGAGCCAGUCUCCUGGUUUCCAUGUGUGACACCCGUCUAAGUUGCAAUGACAUGAUUUCCUCCAUAACAGGGAAGAAUUGUUGCUUCAAUGAGUCACGUGUGGAUUUUUAUCUUGAACAAGAACCUCAUCCAUCGUCCUCCAAAAACUUGCACCACCUUUUCCAGAUGAUCCGCAAAGGUACCUUCUCCAAGUAUGAUUAUGGAAAGCUCAAAAAUCUGAUACAGUACGGGAAGUUCAAACCACCAAAAUUCGACCUUAGCCACGUACCUGAAUCAUUGCCUCUGUGGAUGGCUUACGGGGGAAAUGAUGCUUUAGCAGAUGUAACUGAUUUCAAGCACACACUCAAGGAUUUGCCAUCCUCACCGGAGCUGGUUUAUCUGGAAAAUUAUGGUCAUAUGGACUUCAUUUUAAGUGUGCAAGCAAAGCAAGAUCUCUAUGACCCUAUGAUUAGUUUUUUCAAGUCAUUGGAUGAAUUCAGUAGUAUGUAAAGUUUGCUUCCUUCCCCUAUGAUGGAUGUAAUAUAAUGGUCUAUAGGUCGAAAAAUUAUUACCCUGUUGUGAAGUUAAAAUAUUAAUAUACUGUGGAGUCCUUGAUUUUCUGUAUGUAAAGAUGAUGACAGAUCUAUAAAAAUUGGCGUCGCAUGGCCAUGUUUUUGUAAAGCCUCCUCUA